AUGAUGGGCGAGGAAGCAGCACCGACUGGGCCGCCCAACAGAGAGCUCUACGCUCUCCUGAACUUGUCACCGGAUGCCUCCGACGAAGAAAUCAGGAAAGCUUAUCGUCAAUGGGCACAAGUCUAUCACCCUGAUAAGAUCCAAUCUCCUCAGAUGAAAGAGGUGGCUACGGAGAACUUCCAACGCAUUUGUGAAGCAUACGAGAUAUUGUCGGAUGAGACAAAGAGGCUAAUAUAUGACUUAUAUGGUAUGGAAGGCUUGACUUCAGGGUUAGAGCUUGGUCCCAGGCUGAGUAAACCUGACGAGAUCAGAGAGGAGCUUGAAAGGAUUAAGAGGAGAAACGAAGAAGCUAAGAAAAUGGCACAUUUCUCACCCACUGGUUCUAUUAUCUUCAAUUUGUCUGUCCCACAUCUUUUAGGCGGUGACGGUAUCAUGAGAGGAAUGGUUAUGGCUAGUCAAGUGCAGUCUCAGUUGUCAAAAGAUGAUGCUAUUGCCAUUGGUGGAAAUUUGGCGGCCAAUGAAAAGUCUGGUGGUGGAAUUGCUACUGCUAUUCUGAGGCGUCAGCUUUCUCCAGUGUCUUCUAUUGAGUUUGUCGCUUCAACGGGUUUGCAGUCGCUUAUUGGAAUGCAGACAACACGUCAGUUAACCAUACAUUCAACUGCGACUAUCAAUAUCUCGAAGUCUUUGAGUGAUGGUUCCAUUAAUCUUACCAACACGUGGACUAGACAGCUUUCAGAAACUUCAAGCGGAAAUAUUGAACUGGCGCUAGGUAUGCAAUCAGCAAUUACAGUUGGAUGGAGAAAGAGAGAUGAGAAUAUAUCUGCUGCUGGUGACUUUAAGAUUGAAUCUGGUGGACUUGGAGCAUCAGCGCGUUAUACUCGUAAACUUUCAUCCAAAUCUCACGGUCGCAUUGUAGGCAGAAUGGGAAGCAAUGCUCUUGAGAUUGAGGUUGGUGGCGGAAGGAAGAUUUCUGAGUUCAGUACUGUAAGAAUGAUGUAUACAAUAGGAAUCAAGGGUAUUUAUUGGAAACUAGAGCUACACCGUGGUGGCCAAAAGCUGAUAGUUCCUAUUCUGCUCUCCUCUCAUUUAGCUCCAGUAUUUGCAACUGGAGCAUUCAUUGUUCCAACAUCUCUUUACUUUUUGUUAAAGAAAUUUGUGGUUAAGCCGUAUUUGCGUAAAAGGGAGAAACAGAAGGCCUUGGAGAAUAUGGAGAAAACUUGGGGCCAGGUUGGGGAAGCAAGGGCAGCGGCUGAGAAAGCCCAGCAAUUGUUACAAAACGUAGCCACAAGGAAGAGAAACCGGCAAGUUGAAACAGAUGGGCUAAUAGUUACGAAAGCAUUGUAUGGUGACCCAAAGGCGAUAGAGAGAAGGCACGAAGGAGUGGAAGGAGUUGAUUCGGGAGUCAUUGACGUGACAGUGCCCAUGAACUUCCUUGUGAGUGACUCAGGGCAGCUGAGGCUUCAUGAGGGAGUGAAGAAAUCAGGGAUCAUGGGAUUUUGUGAUCCCUGUCCGGGCCAACCUAAGGAGUUAUACGUUGCAUAUACUUGGCGUUCUCAGACAUUUGAGGUAGCAGUUGGUGACUAUGAUGCGUUGAGUAUACCGCAAGAAGGCCAGUGAGUAUGAAUGGUACACUCCAGUCUCAACUUUGUUGUUUUUAUAAAAACAAAAAGAUUUGCUUCUUACGGGGAGUUGUGUAGUACGUGUUACAUAACCUCAAAUUUUUACAUUUGUUUCCUUCUCAAUAAGUUAAGCAUUCUUGUUUGCCGUAAGC